UGCGCAUGUCCACGAUUACGUCAACGGAUCUGAACGGCCAUGUUAAUGUAAAUCAGCAGGAAUAAUAAAGGCGAGGUAACGUUUGUUGGAGCCAGUGACGCAGUUCUUUUCCUACACCCAUCUUGUGCACGAUGGCAGACUCAGAAAGCGAAAACUACGUAGAAGGUAAUACUUACCAUCACGAGGAUUUUGAAACAGUGGAACCGCUUAGUGCGCAUCACUCAGAAAAUGGCCAGGAGAUACCAGAGCAAGACGAAGAAGUCACAACUACAAAUUCUCUUGGCGGUGAGGAACCAGCAGAGGAGGAUCGCUAUGCUCCCGGUGCGUCAGACGCAGACCCUGUUGAUCAUUCCUCGAAUCUCAUCUCUUGGGGGGAUGAAGAAUCUUUGUCCUCGCAGCCGUCUGCUACAGUGUCCGAGUCGCAAGACUCAGCGUUUGGUGGCGUAGGUGAUUUUUCCAUGGGCACUGCUGCCUCAGAAGCUUUGCAGUCUGAAUUUUCGUCACGUCCCCAUCCCCCAGAGGCCGAGCAGGACAUAUAUCCCACCCCUUCCCAAGAGAGGGGAGAUGUUACUAGCACUGAACCUUUUUCUGUGUUGGAAGCGAUACAAGAAACAAAAGCCGAAGGAACGUGGCUGAAAAAUGUGGAUCCCAGAGAGGAUUUUUCAGCUUUAUGUAAUCCAACAAUUGUGGAAGACGACAACAUGCUUGAUUUAAUCUAUUGGAGAGAUGUGCGAAAAACAGGAGUGGUGUUUGGCUCCAUGCUGCUUGUGCUGCUGUCACUGGCAUUCUUCUCCUUGCUUAGCGUACUGGCAUAUCUAUCUUUGGCCAUCCUUACAGUCACACUCAGCUUCCGUGUUUAUAAGAACAUCAUGGCUGCUGUUCAGAAAACUAGUGAUGGACAUCCUUUCAAACAAUACCUGGAUCUUGACAUUACUCUGAAAGAGGAGAAGGUAUCCAGAGUUACUCAUACUGUGCUGCAGCACAUCAACAGAAGUCUGCUGGAGUUACGUCGCCUUUUCCUUAUUGAAGACCUUAUUGACUCCAUUAAGUUUGGACUCUUGCUGUGGGUUCUUACCUAUGUUGGAGCUUGGUUCAAUGGAAUGACACUAAUUAUCUUGCUUGUUGUGGCCAUUUUUACCUUGCCAAAGGUAUAUGAAACCUACAAGGUCCAGAUUGACAAUUAUGUCAAUAUGGCAAGGAACCAGCUGAACACUGUCCUUGCUCAAGUGCAAAGCAAAGUGCCAUUCCUGAAGAAAAAAGCCAAGACUCAGUAGACAACUUUGGUUCACUGGGCCAGUCCCAAAUUUCAGCUUCAUGUCAACCUUUUCGUUGCUGCUGUGCACCAAGUGAAGAUUGGCUAAUGCCUAAGUUUCUGGAGCUGCCGACAGCACUGGCUGUUCAUGUACAUGCAAGCACUAGGACUUUUGGGCUUACUGAAAGAAGUGGAUUAGUGACAAGGUAGAAUUGCAGACAAAAUUAGGUUCCAUUUGUGCAUAAGACGUUUUUGAAUCAUUUUUUUUUUUGGUAAUGAGAGACAUUUUUGAGAUUUCUUUUCUGUUGAUUUGGUUGUACAGUUUGUUCGUCUGCGGUUUGAGGUUUGUCUUUGUCUUUCAAACUCUGUACACAAAUAUAUAGUCCAUUUUUUUAUCUUUUGUUAAAUAGUUGGAACAGCCGCUGGUAUUUUAUACCAAUUCUUAAUUGGGAAGGGAAGGAAGAUGAUGAGUUUUUAAACUCAUCUUAAAUGAGCAAGAGAAAUUUUGGGAUUUUUUUUCUUCUUUUUGUCUUAUGUAUAUGUCUUUAUUUUUAAGGUCACAAAUAGAAAUCAAGGUAUCAUCAGGGGUAAGGGUUUCUGGGUAGAAACAACUCUUGACAGCAAGGAUGCGUGUCCUCCACAUUGGUGAUGGGCAGGGUUGACCUUUUGUUUUUGAUUACUAUUUGUGUGGUAUCUAGCAUUAAUAUUGUUGAUCACACGAUUAAAUGGAGAGGUAUUUCACUUGGUACUCUUCUGUUCCUCCUUGGCCUUAAGGUCAUGCAAAUGUUUCUGCAAGUGCUAUGCUCUUUAUACUUGUGAAGGUUUUUUUAAAAAAUACCCACAGUGCAUUCUUUUUAAAAUACUUGAUCAAAUAUAACAGAAAUGUGCUUGUCUAAGUGUUGUCUAAGCAUGGUUUUGCAUAGUUCUGCUCAUAUACUUAGUACAUUGUGGAAAGUAACCAUACAGAACAUUCAUUCAAAGCCACUUUCACUAAUACAAUCUACAGUUGAUUGUGUGCUAUGGAUGAAAUAAAAUUCUUAGGGUAGUAAAAAUCCAUGCUUGUGUAAGGAACUGGAUUUUUCACAAGCUGUUUGUGUGACCAGCUUGUGUUGGUAAAGCGUGUGCUUGUAUUCCUCAAGGAAACAAGUUAAUUCUUAAGAAAGCACCUUCCUUUUUUUGCCUAUUUGCACUGACAGUGAAAAAAUAUGUCAUGUAUAAGAAGCCUAUAUUACACAUUAUAAUUUUUAUGCGAUGUACUUGUUUAUUUUUUUAUAUAUAUAUAAAAGAAAAGGAUGGUAGGAAAUAUCACCAACUCGUGCAUUUAUGACACAUUUUUCUUCCUUUGUUUUCAUAGUGCUGUGCUUUUCUUUGUAUGAUAAAAUUAAAGAUUUGCCAAUGCUGAGAUUUUUGCAUAGUUGAACAGAUUUAGUUCCAUUUUACAGUGAUGCAGACUAAAUAUCUUUCUAUUAAUAUGUAACAUGGCGUAGUCUUGCUUCACAGUUUUUUUUUAAGUUCAUACAUAAAUAUUGAUUUUUUUUCAUGUUAUUAUGUCUUUUCAAGUAUCAAGUAAAGUGUUACAUUUUAAAUUUCUAGCUUGAAUCAAACUCUUACAUAACCAAGUCAUAAUACUUCAAAAAAAAAUUCUUGCUUGUAAAAUGAUGUCAACAUUUGCUCCAUUAAAUAUUCUUUAACACUCUUUUAGGGUGUUUCUUACAAGAAAAAUAAUGUUUAGGUCAUGUUUUAAAAUAAACGUUCGAUAAUAACUUAAGUACCUCCAUUGCUCAAACCAUUAUCUGAAAACAGUUUAAAAUUACAUGUGACAUCCCAGUCAAAACUUUAUGCAUCUUUAUGAUAAAUGACUAAUGCAUAGUUUGUCACUUUUAAUAAACAUCAGAAUAUUUAUUUUAUCUGUUGUAAAAUUGCAGAGUUUUUAAGCGAGACAUCGGCAUAAGAGCUGUUGAUAGAAAUUAAAUGUGUGUGAGGAAAAACCAUUGUCAUCCACUUAUUACCCAGAAGAGUUUCAUGAAAUGUGUCGACACUGCUCCCUAGUAAACGUAUUUUAAAGUUACAUGAGUUCUAAAGCCUUAAGAGUCAUGUAUGCACCUGUGGAAGUGUACUUAAAUGAUUUUUUGUGGGGGUGGAGGGGGUUGUUAGUGGUGAUGAUUGGAGACAUCUUUAAAAUGUGUACAGUGGAAGAACUCUCAUCAAGGAUGUGGCAGUGAAAUUUGGACUGUACAAUUUUCCUGUGUUUUUAAACAUUGUAAAUUAUUAACUAUAUUAAGCAGUUGUGUAUGCAUGCAUCUGACAUUGCAAAAAUGUACAGCAAGUUUGCUUGACAUGCCCUCACUUUUGUGCAGUAUAGACAAAAUCAUUUGUGCUCUAGCUGCCUAUUCAUUUGACAUGCUCAUUGCUGGUUUGGUUGCAGCAUGAAUGAGCUCAUAGUGCCUUGUUUGAACAUUUCCUUCAGCUGAUCUUUUGUCCUACACCACAUAUUUUAGUCACCUUUAGAUGGCUCAGGUCAUAUGUGUAAUGUACUUCUUGUGUUCACAUCUAUGUUGAUACUUGGCCAUGUUUGCAUUGUUAUUGCUUGGCAACAAAAGUGGUGUAAUGAUGAUCUCAGAAGGAAAGAGAUAAAGAGUGCUCGAAAUUUAUGAAGUCUUGAUUGUUCAUACGUCUCUUUAUACCUAGCCAUCUUUGCUAGUAUGAAUUUGUUCUGUGUGUAUCAGAAUACUUUGCUGUAAAAAUUACAUUCUGAACUAUUUCAGAUUAUGAUUGCAGAGUGUAUGUGAAAUGAUACUGCUGCAGGAAAAUAACUGACCAUUAACUGGGAAAUUUUUGUCAGAUAUUCCAAAUUCAAGAAAUGUGGUCAUUGGACAACAUUUUAUCUUGCAUGUUGAAACGUUAGGGUACUGCUGCCAGAAUACUCAUUCCUUUUUAAACAUGUAAUCAGGUUUAGCAAUAAAAGCAACAUCUCUAUUGUAUAGCAUUCUAAAUAAUAUAACAAGAUGCAGAUAGAUGAGGCUUAUUUUCUUAAGUGUAUGCAGUUUCCCUUAUAUAAAGCUGAUAUGCUUUGAUGUGUCAGCAUGUGCUUUUAUCUUUGUGUCACUGAUUUUCACGUUUUCAAAAAUCAUUCUUAAAAGCCCAUGGCAUAUAGAGAUUUUAUGUCAGCUGAUCAUUGAGACGACUUUAAUGGGGCUUUUUGUUCAAUUAAAGCAUGCGUUCAAUGUCCAGUUUAUAAAAAUCAAGAAACCAACACAAGCAUAAGGUUGUACUUUAGCUGUUUCACAACUUCCACCAACACUACCACUAACCCCUGCCCAUAAAAAAGUAAUGCUGUCAUAGACUGUUUUGUAUUAAGGUGUGGCAUGUCGGUGCUUUUCUCAUCUUUUUUUAAAUUUUUGCUGCUGUCCAUCAGUGCUGUGCCAUUUUCAUCAAGGAUUGUGUCAGUGUUUUUUCUUUUGUUUUUUUUUUUUUCUUUGUUGGCAUAUGUCAAUAAAUGUGACAUAAAUCUUA